AUGGAGGGAGGAAGAGGAGGCCGCGAGACCGGUGCCGUGGAGACGGAAGAGGUCUUGAAACGAAUGUCAGUAGAGGCGUUGGCGCUGAGACAGCACGAGGCCGACGAGCGCACGUCUGGCGCUGGUUCCUGCGUACCGAUUUUGGCCACUGCUGAAGCCGAUGCGAAGGCGUCAUGCUUGAAACGCGAAGUGCAACAAAAACUCCUCCAGCAGCAGUCGCAGCAGCAGCAACAGCAGCAGCAGGCGCGAUUACCAUCUUCUGGAGAGCCAGUUGAUUCAAAAGAGAAGGUUACUCUCGUAACUCUUGCUCCAAGCGAGAAAAGGGAAGGCGGAAAAGGGCUUGUCCGUAACGGCGUAUCAUGGAUUGCUGACAACGCAGCUGCUGUUACAGCGCCCUCUGUUCUUCCUCACAGGCUCGUCCGGGCGGCAGUCGUCGUCAGCCUAAGCAGCUCCGCGUGUAGUGGCGACAGUGGCGGCGAGGCAAGCAGUGGAGAGAUUGAGUCCGUUGCUAUGGGUGAUAAGGGUGUCGCAGCAGCGUGCGAUGGUGUGGUUCCUGCGACAGUAUCCCAAGUCAAGGGUCUUCAACAGGCGCCGACGGCUGCUUACACGGUGUCUUGGGCUGAUACACUUUCUAAGACUGCUGCUGCUGCUGCUGCUGCUGCUGCUGCUGACAUCGGGGCCAUGGCAAUCGACAGCAUGGGUUCUGGUUCGGUGAUAGCAUGGAGCCUUCACAGGCAGUCUGAUCCAGGGGUUGAUGGAGAAGCAGCGUUUCCCGCAGCACAACGCAAGGAGCCGGCGGGGCCAGAAGCACAAGUGAGCGCAGUUCGAUGUGGGAGCGCCCAGCAGGCAGGUGAAGCCCCGGCAGCAGGUGGUGCUGGAGAGCAGCAGCGUACAGCUCGACUUCUUCCCCCUGGCGAGCUCCCUACAGUGACAGCGGCUGUGGCAGUGGGAGAAUUGGGGGCAGCGAGAAGUGCGUCGUUCCCCUGUCCUCCUCCUGCUGUUGCUAACACCUCACCAACAGAUCCCGCUGCUGCGAUGCCUGUCGUCUCCGGUCCUGCCGCUAUCGAUUCCACCAAGCCCACUGCCAGUGCGGCCAACACCGUCAAAAACCGCAAUCCUAACACCACCAGUGCCGCCGCCAACAUCGCCGGUGCUACCAACACCACUGGUACAGCCGAUACUGCCGCCAACACCACCGGCAAUCCCACAGCGGGCUCGCAGCUGCUCCCAUUCAACACGGAGCGAGUGGAGAGCGUGUACGCGCUGGCGAGCGAGGAGCUAGGCCGGGGCGAGUUCGGCGUGGUGCGCACGUGCAUGCACCGCACCACCGGGCAGCUCUUCGCGUGCAAAUCCCUGGACAAAGCCCGGCUGCGGGAGAGCUCACGCGUGGAGGACCUAGAGAUGGAGCUGUACUGCAUGGGCAUCAUGCCGCGCCAUGGGAACGUCGUGCAGCUCGCGAGCGUGCACGAGGACGAGAGGGCCGUGCAUCUUGUGAUGGAGCUCUGCGAUGGGGGGGAUCUGUUUGAGCUGAUAGCCAAGGCGGGGCGGCUGCCAGAGGUGUUUGCUGCGUGGAUGUUCCGCCAGGCUGUUGAGGCCGUAGCGUUUUGUCAUGAGUACAACAUCGCGCAUCUGGAUAUCAAGCCGGAGAAUCUGCUCAUUCGGACCAAGAGGAACCUGCCUGGGGGGGCGUCGGCGGCGGCGUCGGUGGCUCUUGCGGCCAUGGCCACUCCCUUGGCGACUGGUAUCGCUGCCACCCUCACUGCCACUGCUGCUGUCACACUCCCUGCUGGCACUGACAGCAGGGCUGCAGCCGAUGGGGAUAGUGCUUCUGCACCUUCUGCUGAAGCUCCUUCCACUGGUCUCGUUCCUCCUCCUCCUCCUCCUCCUCCUCCUCCUCCUCCUCCUCCUCCUCCUCCUCCUCCUCUUCCUCCUCCUCCUCCCCCUCCUCCUCUUGCUGCUGUUGCUGAAGGCCCUGUUGCUGAUGACGGCACAGACUCUGCCACAGCCGCACGCACCACCACUGCUGCUCCCACCACUUCUGGCAUGGAGGGCAUUCGUGUGAGCAGCACUGCCACCAUCGGCACUGGCUUCACUAGUGGCGCUGGUGCUGCUGCUGCUGGUGUAUCCAUGGGUUUGGGAACCAGCAUCGGCAGGGUCGGUAUCGCUGCCGCUGCCGCUGCUGCCGCCGCUGCUGCUGCUGUUCCUGGUAGCAGUGGAGGAGGAGGAGAAGGAGGAGGGUGUGGAAGCGCAGCGCCGGCGUGUCUGGCGGGGAUAGAAGUGAAGCUGGCGGAUUUCGGGCAGGCGGUGGUGCUGUCGCCUGGGAGCACAGCGCAUGGGCUGGCAGGGUCAUCGUUCUACAUGGCGCCAGAGGUCGUCAAGGGGCGCCAGUACGGGCUCUCUGCUGAUGUGUGGAGCCUCGGUGUGCUGCUCUAUGUCAUGCUUGCAGGCUACCUGCCAUUCUACGGGGAAUCCCUCCGUCACAUCUUCCUCACCAUCUGCUCGUCCGACCCCGACUUCUCCUCGCCGCCCUGGCCCUCGCUCUCCCUAGCCUGCAAGCACCUGCUGCGCUCCAUGCUCCACCGCGACCCCCUCCGCCGCCCCUCCGCCCGCCAGCUCCUCUCUCACCCCUGGUUCUCCUGCGCGCUCCUCCCCCUCUCGCCCCCCUCCGUGCCUCGCUGCCUCUCCCCGUUCUCCUCGCCAUCUUCCUAUUCCCGCCUCUCCCCUCACUCCUCUCGCCCCUCGCUUGCCCCCCUCUCGCCCCUCUCACCCCUCUCGCGCUAUUCAAUCUCCACCAAUCCGCUGGCUACCAAACCACUCACCAGCAAGCACUUGAAUGGACAGCCAUCCUCCUCACCGCUGCUCAUGUCCCUUUUUCCGGGAGUAACUCCCCCGUCUCCUUCCUCCUGCCUCUCGCCCUUCACCUCCUCGUCCUUCACCUCCUCGCCCUUCUCGACGUCCCCAUAUUCCUCCUCCCACUUCCCCUCACCACCGUUCUCCUCCUCCUCAUCCUCCUCCCAUUAUUCCUCCCGUCUGUCCUCCUCCUUCCCUCACCUCUUUCCAACUCUCCAAUCCUUAGGUCCUACGUCCUCCCCUUCCGCAUACCCUUUAUCUUCCUCCCCCGCACCUCCAUCCAUGUCCCACGCUUUCCUCCCCAACCCCAACACCCCUCUCGCGCCCUACCACUCAUCUCGCUUCCACCCGAGCUUCCCGCUUUCCACGGGGGCAGCAGCUGCGGCCGCAGCGGCCACUGCUGCUGCUGCUGUGGCGGUGGGGGCGUCACAUGUGCCGUUGCGUGGAGUGGAUGUGCGCUUGGAUGUUGAUCCGCUCCUCCCUCGCCUUGCUGCUCACCCAUCUCUCUUCCAUCCUCCUCUCCCUGCUGCUGCUCCUACUGCUCCUGCUUCUACUGCUCCUGCUCCUCCUGCUCCUGCUCCUCCUGCUCCUGCUCCUCCUGCUGCUGCUCCUCCUGCUGUUGCUGCGGCUGCUGCAGCAGCUGCUGCUACUGCUCCUUCACCUGCGCAGCUUCCUGCUCUGGUGAACAGGGAGGAUGGGACGUGGCAGGCGGGGUUGAAGGAGGGGAAGGAGGCGAAUGAGGGGAAGUGGGAUUGCGCAUACGGUCUGCUCGAUACUGCUGGCGUGGGUGAUGCGAAUGCUUUAGUGGAUGAAUGCGGGAUGAAGUAUAGCAUAAGUGGGUAUCUAGAUGCGGUUCUGGAUGCAGCAGCUGGUGAUGAAGUGGCUGGGGAUGGAGAGUCAGAUGGAGGGGAUGGUGCUGGAGGGAAGAUUGAUGGGGUGGCGUGCGUGGGUGCAGCAGGUGGGGAAGGGUGCUUUGAUGCUGUUGCUGCUGCUGCUGCUGCUGGGACUGACUGUCCUGUCAUUGCAGCUUCCAGCAACGCUCCUACUGCUGCGCUCGAUCCCUCCAGCAACUAUGGGGCGGGUGUGUUCAGUGUGUGCGCAGCUCCUUGCACUGUGCUCGAUCCCUCCAAUGUAUUACGGUUUUGCGCCACAGGUAAUACGCUCCAUCCCUCCGCUGCUGCGGAUUGCGCUGUCAUGGAUAUAGGUAUGGUGGGAGCUGGGGCUGGCUUGGUGAGCCCGAAGAGAAAGGCAGAGGCGGAGGCGGAGGGGGAGGGGGAAGGGGAAGGGGAUGAGGAGGGAGAAGAGGCGCAGGAGGAGGGGGAAGGGCGGGGGGAAGUGCGGGAUGCAUGGGCGUGGUCUGGUUUGGGCAUGUCUGCUGUUCCUGCUGAUGAUACAGUGCAGCCUGCUUGGAUUGAAAGCAGGCAGUGCAGCUUUAGUGUGAGAACGACUAGUGCUGCACCUGCCAGUGCGGGCAAUAGUGGUGGUGGUGGUGGCACUGGCAGCGCUGGCAGCGAGGCCGCUGCUCGUUACGGUGUUGCUGCGGCGUCAUAUGGUACCGCCAGUGGGAGCACUGCAACAGCAGCAGCCGCCGCAACAACAGCAGCGGCCGCAACAGAAUCAGUUGCAGCAGCUGCAGCAGAGGAAGACGUGGAGAUAUCUCUUGAGAUCGCUGAAGCUCUCAAUCAUGCAAUGGAUGAAGAAGCGGAGCAGCAGCAGCACGGCCCUGACCUGGGGUGCACUCUCUCCCAGGACCUCUCACACGCGCUGGAGCAGGAAGAGCUCACACACGCACUCACACAGGAGCUAGCCCAUGCGCUUGAGCAUGGGGUUGACGAUGCAUGGGCGGAGGGCCAAGGGUGGGAGGGUGCACAGGCGGACGGUGCUGCUGUGGAUGGGUCAAUUGGGGACUUGGCCGAUUUUGGAGAAGGGAUGGAGCUGGAAGAUUUGGAUGCUGCUGACGCUGUUGGUGUGGCCGCUGGUGCUGAACGUGAAGCUGCGGAAGUUGGCACAUCCCCACUGGGCCGCAGGGGUGGGAAACGGCUGGAGACUAGUAGCGCAGCAGGGGGCAGGAUGGUAGGAGAGAAGGGUGGACCAGCAGGAGCAGGUGGAGCAGCGGCUGCGAAUCAAGCAGGUGGAGGAGCUGUUGGGAGUCCAAGGCAGGAGGGGCGGAGGAGAGGGUCAGAAAGAGCCACAGGAGGAGCGUGUGAGGUGGCAGUGGUGUCCCAGCCUCUACUGCCCCACCAUGCCAUGGCGUGUCACGAUGGGUGCUCUCCUGUUCCGGUGGUGGUGGCUGGAGAAGGCGAAAGGCCUGGCACUUGGGGAAGGCGGAGAGUGAGAGCCGGCUCUCGUGCUGCGAUUAAUACUGCUGCUGGUUUUGGAAGAGGUGCUGCGGCUGGUGACUGUUGCCAGGAGGCCGAUGCAGCGCAGCAGGGGGGUCAGGGGCUGAACACAUGGGGGCAGCAAGGGGGCAGCGGGGACGCAGCAGGCUCGCAGGGAGGGGGAACAGGAGGGGGAAGGGGAAUGGGGAUGGGAGGAGCUGUUGGGUUCCCAGGCAGGGUUGUGCGCAGGUCGCUCAAUCGCCAGUACAUAGAUGGUUCACCGCCCGUGCUUCCCCCUCACAACCCAGGAGAGGUCCUUCCGUGUUCUUCCAUCUCCCCGUCCCCUUCCUGCUCCCCCGGUUCUGCCUCUCUCCCCUCCCCAUGGCCUCUCACUGCUACCCCUGGCGGCCCUUCCGACUGUGGUGCUGCUGGUGCUACCCCGGUGUCAGCUUACAUCUCAGAUAGAGCAGCAGGGGGGAGUGGUGGGUGGAAGGAGACGAGGACGGGGGGACUUGGGGAGGGAUGGCUAGGAGAGGACGUUGUGAGAGAGGGAGGAGUGCAGGGGGAGGGGUUGGGAGACGGUAGUGCAGUGGAGGAUGCAAGCAUGGGCGACUUGGGAUAUGAGCGCUUGGGGGAACUGAUGGGUGGUCGGGAUGAUGUUGCUGGACUGAGCAUGGGCAUGUGCGUGGGCAUGGGCAUGGGAGGGCAGUUCAGUAUGGUUUCGGGGAUGGCACCUGCUGACAGGAUGCAUGGUGUGUUUGCAACGAGGGUUGAUCCUCGCAUGGUGGGGGUUGGCGUGGGGGCAGUGGGGGUGGGAGAUGGGGGAGGGAGUGGAGGUGAGAGUACGGAGGGGAGUGGUGGCAGCACGGAGUGUGUGGAUGGUAUGGGAAUGGCGACAGAUGUGGACAUGGAUAUGAGCAUGAUGGAGAUGAUUGGCGUGGCAGAGGGGUGA